AUGAAAAUUGUUAUUCAAAGAGUAACGCAUUCUUCCGUAAAAGUAAACGAUGAAAUAAUAAGUUCCAUCGGGAGAGGUUUAUUAGUUUUAAUUGGAAUAGGUAGAGAAGACACUCAAGAAGACGUGAAUUAUGCGUUGUCACAAUGUCACACGCUUUAUUUUUCAGAUAAAAGCGUUAUGGAUAAACAAUAUGAAGUUAUGUGUGUAAGUCAAUUCACUCUAUGUAAUAGUUUAAAAGGAAACAAAUUAGAUUUUCAUCACGCUAUGAAACCUGAUGAAUCUCAAAAAUUCUAUGAACAUAUAUUGGAAAGACUUAAAUGUCAAUAUGAUCCUGAUAAAAUAAAAGAAGGAAUGUUUGGAGCACUCAUGCAAGUUGAACUUUGUAAUGAUGGUCCAGUCACUAUAUCUUUAUCAUCGAACAAAGGUGAAAAAGAGAAAAAUGUCGAAUCAACAGAGAGUUAG